CCCAGCCCCCCCGGCAGCACCCCCACGCUGGCUCACCCAGCCUCCUCCCCAUCCAACCCCCCGUUGCCACCGCCUGGCCCCCAGCUCAGCAUCAUCAUUGGCCCAAACCUUCCCCAGACCCUGCUUCUCAAAGCCCCCCCCACCCCCGUGGCAGAGAGGGUCUCGGUGGUCAAGCAGGUGGGUGGUGUCCCCACCCAGACGCCCUCGCAGUGUUUCACCACCCUGCACACCUCGCUGUGUGACACAAUUUCGGGCUCGGUGUCCCGCUCCUCCCCAGAGCUCCUGCGACAGUGGCUGGAGAAGGCUGAGCCGGCAGAAGAGCUGGGAGAGAUGCCCAAAUCCCUGCCCAAGCCCAAAAAUGGCUCCAAGGCUCCCAAUCCUCACAAACCCAGCAAUGGCAGGGAAAUCUGGCUGGCUUUCCAGGACGUGGCUGGGCUCCUCACCAAACUGCUCUGCCAGCUGGAGAACUUCAAGUCCUCUUGCCCUUUCCCCUACGUCGUCCGGGCGGGAGCCAUCUUCAUCCCCAUCCACGUGGUGAAGGAGAAGCUCUUCCCAAAGCUGCCCGGGAGCUUCGUGGACCAAGUGCUGCAGAAGCACAAGGUGGAGCUUCGUCCCACCACCCUCUCAGAGGAGAAGCACCUGAGGGACCUGGAGCUGAAGAGCUGCACCUCCCGCAUGCUGAAGCUCCUGGCGCUCAAGCAGCUUCGUGAAAUCUACCCCGACCUGCUCAACCUCCACUGGCACAGCUCCAUCCAGCAGCAGCUCGCUUCCAGCUCAGAGACUGGCCAGCAGCCUUCCAAGUAGCCCUGGCAUGGAGGC